UCGUGUUCGACCGUGAUUGUAGACGAAGCAUAAAUCGACAGACUUACAAGGUGGAAUUAGAUGAGAGUAUCUUUUUGCGUGGUACUUCUUUUUGGAAAAUAGAGUCAAAUACAAAGAGGGAUGCUUAUUUUUUGAUGAAAAGUUUGAAGUUUCGUUUGGUUUUAUGAAAAGCAAGCUAAAAGUUUUUACGAUUUUUUUUUUUACUUAUGAAGAUAAUUUCCACAUAUUCAUUUCAUUCUCUUAAAUAUGUCAGAAUCAAGUCAGAAAUCAGAGCACUCAAGGUUGAGUGAUAUGGGCGAUAGUUCAGGUAAAGAAGAGUUGACAGAGGAGGAAAAACAACUACAAGCUCAAUUAUUAGAGGUCCAGAAGAAAAUGGAUGAGCUGAAACAAAAGAAGCGAAAGGUAGCUAGUGAUGAGGAGCAAAGACAAGAAGCGGUUCAAGUUCCUCGUUCCCCUGAAGCUGUUCGGGUCCUUACAGUGAGCUCACCUUCCAAAAUAAAGAGUCCUAAAAGACUUCUCUUAGGAAUCGAUAAAGGAAAGACAGGGAAAGAUGUUUCAUUAGGAAGGAAACAGAUUGAGCCAGCAGUAAAGCCUUUUCACGCCCGGUUAGCAGAAGCUCGGGACGAUGAAAAGAAAAAGGAAGAGAGAAAGAAAGAAGCAGCAAAAAACAGAAAAGUCUCCUUUCAAAGGAAACCUAAUACCCUGAGCACAAAGAGUUCCAAUAAACCCGUGUAUCCGAUGCCUUGCAACGAAAUUGAACCAUAUUCUCGUCAAGUCAUUACAGUACGCUUCAUGAGUGAUGAAGAAGUCAAGGAUAAUUUACAGGGAUGUUAUGUGUAUCUUAUUCGUCAACUACUAAAGCUAGUAGUACCUCCUAAAUAUGAACAACCGGACGCUGAUAGCUUUGUAUUGAUGGGGAUCGUGGCUUACAAUACCGGCACAAGGGAAACAGUUCACAAGAAAAAAUACUGUAUGCUUACACUUACAGACUUAAAGUGGCAGAUAGAGGUCUUUCUCUUUGGCAAAGCCUUUGAGCGGUAUUGGAAAGUACAACCCGGGACGGUCAUUGCGUUGCUAUGUCCAGAUAUACUAAAGCCAAAAAACCCAGAUGCCGGUAAAUUUUCGCUGAAGCUGGACACGAAUUACGACGUGCUGUUAGAAAUUGGUAAAUCAAAACAUUUGGGCUAUUGUCAGAGUCGCAAAAAAAACGGGGAGCUUUGUAAACAUUGGUUGGAUAAUCGAACAUCAGAAGUCUGUGAAUAUCAUGUGGAUAUGACGGUACAAAGGACGAUGUCGCGACGAACAGAGUUUGGUUCGAGUACAACGAUCAUGCACGAGCCACGAGCAAGGCGCGAGAAGCGUCUUCGUGGUCAAGGGUUCCAUGGCUAUUAUGCGGGAGAAAAGUAUUCCGCAGUCCCCAAUAUGGCACUGGGUCUUUAUGAUGCAGAAGAAUCUGUUCAACAGGAAAUUGAGCGAAAAGAACGAUACAAGAAGCAACAAGCAAAAGCAGAGCGUGAAAGGGAAAUUUUAGAGCGUUUAACAAUGAAAAGGUCCUUGCCGAAUGCGUCCUCUUCCUUUUCCUCCAGUUCAUCAACGAGCACAUCGGGUAACUCUCACGACACGGCCUACACUCCAGCACGCACUUUGGGACAUCAGUAUUUAAACUUACAAGCAAAGCAUGCUACAGCGUCUUCUGGGAACUCUAAAUUAUUCACAACAAACUCAUCAGAUGCGUCGUCUCCAUCGGUGGAUCGGCAAACAGGAGAACUACCGUUCCUUCCGGGAAAUCAUGAUACCGGAAAGAACAAACCGAAAGAUUUCAAAGACUUAUCGGCUAAUUCAAAUACUAAAUUGCCCAACCCGGACCAGAAGUCAAUUUCGAAAGCAGAAGGAUCGGCCGCAUCGAACUUACCGAGAGAAAAAAGUGAUCCGAAAAAGUCAGACGAAGCGAAUCCACUUUCAUCAUCACAUUCGGCGGCACAAAGAAUUUUUUCCCCAAGAAGCCUACGAAGGAUUGGGUUUGAUCCCACUCUUACAAACAACAACAAUGGCGGACCAGGAAUGGAUUCUAACCCGCAUCAUUCUUCUGCACGCACGCUAAAUUUAAAGAAUACAAAGUUUCGUUAUGAAUUUACCGAAAGUGAUGAAGAGGAUGACUUGGAGAUUGUCGCCUAAAGGAACAAUUUUCGCAAGCUAAAUAUUGACACAAUUCACUAAACUAUAAUGGAAAGCUAAAUUUUUUUUCAGUCAAUCAUUACAGCCAUUCCAGAUAACAAGAGGCACAUGGUCAUACGUGACUGGUAUAUUAUGUUUCGUUCCUCUGUUUAUUUACUUCAUGCUUCAUACGAAUGUCUUUUCUUUCGCUUGAUGGUUUCCACCGGAGUUUAAUUUCAAACAGCUUCUAUAAACAUGGAGUUCAAAGUGCGAAUAUCUCUCAUGAUUGGUAAAUAAGGUGAUUUCCUUUUUCGCUUUCUUUUACUCUAAUAUCAAUAUUACGUGUACGAAAAUUUUUCGCCUUCCGAAGCUUCGCCUAAUUGAUUACCAAAGUGGUUUUACGUUAGUCGGCGCAUAAAAAAAAAAAGAAAGGAAGGCGACCAAUUCCUAUCAGUCAUCAAAACCUGAAAAAGUUGGCGUCACCAUUGCAUGGAUUGAAAAUGCGAUCUUAGAAAAAUUUCUCUAUAUAAACCCUGGCAAAUACCUUGAAAUAGUACGGAUUGAGCAGACUAUUUCUUAUCAAAGAUUAAAU